GUCACCGAGGCGUCCUGGCUCUGAGCUGAGCCGCUGGAGAGAGAAGAUGGUAAAAUCUGAUACACGUCCACGGCGCGAUUAACGUAACAUGACCGCUGCUGCAGCCGACCUCCACCCGCUUCACCGAGGACCCACCGCCGGCACCGGCCUGAGCUCCACCCGACACCAGGAGAGAUCGGUGUCUUAUCCAGUUGCCUUGGACAGCUGCUAUUGGAAGAGGGAAGUCAGUCUUAUCAUGAACCUCGUCGAGACCAUCUCCAGUUGAAGCCGGGUCACCUCCACGUCCUCGCACGUUUGUUUCCAGUCUCCACCACAGAAUCCGUGAGAUCAUAACAAACGCUCGUGGUCACAGUUCAGCGUUUAGCCCCGUUCUCCCGUUCCGCUGAAGAUGUACAGCAGCGCCCGCUCUGUCGGCAGAGGGGAGGCCAACCAUAGUGCAGGAAGAGAUGCAGGCGGUACCGGUAAUCAGGGGUCGAGCCGUUCUCCCCGCCUCCCCCGCUCCCCUCGGAUGGGACACCGCCGCACCAACAGCACCGGAGGCAGUGGAGGGGGCCCUGGAGGGGCAGGAGGCAAGACGCUCUCGAUGGAGAACAUCCAGUCCCUCAACGCCGCGUACGCCACCUCGGGGCCGAUGUACCUGAGUGACAAUGAGGUCGGCAUGACCGGGGAGCACAUUCCAAAAAGUGGUGGGACAAUGACGACCAUGGGGAGACAGAGGGUCACGUAUGGGUCAAGGGGCAACAGCUGUGGAGUGGUGGCUGCCAGCACUCCCAACAUCUCCACCUCAGUGACUGGCAACUCUAUGUUGCCUGUUAGCAUGAUGGCAGGGGAUGCUCUAGCUUUUGGGGACCACCACAUGGCCUCCACCGUGCCCCACUCUCUGAGGCAGGCCAGAGACAACACCAUACUGGACCUGCAGGCACAACUGAAAGAGGUUCUGCGUGAGAACGAGAUGCUUCGGCGGGACGUCGAGGUCAAGGAGAGCAAACUCAGUUCCUCUAUGAAUUCUAUCAAGACCUUCUGGAGCCCAGAGCUGAAGAAGGAGCGAGCGCUCAGGAAAGACGAGGUUUCUAAGAUCACCGUCUGGAAGGAACAGUACCGCGUGAUUCAAGAUGAAGCACAGCAUCUCCAGAUGACUGUCCAGGCUCUCCAGGAUGAGCUGAGGAUCCAGAGGGACCUGAACCAGCUGUUUCAACAAGACCCCUCCAGCCACGGCCGGGACCUGGCCCUGACAUCUGAACCCACAGAGGAGAACUACCGGCGGCUGCAGGCCGAGCACGAGCGGCAGGCCAAAGAGCUCUUCCUCCUGAGAAAGACCCUGGAGGAGAUGGAGCUGAGGAUUGACACACAGAAGCAAACCCUGGGGGCCCGAGACGAAUCCAUCAAGAAGCUUCUGGAGAUGCUGCAGAGCAAAGGUCAGUCUGCCAAGGCAUCAGAGGAGGACCAGGAGCGGACCAGGAGACUGGCUGACGCUGAGAUGCACCGGCAUCACCUCGAGAGUUUACUGGACCAGAGAGAGAGAGAGGUCACGGUGCUGAGAGAGGAGCUGCACCGUCGGUAUGAGGGAACUCCCGAGUCCACCAAAACGAAGGCUCUGCAGACUGUCAUCGACAUGAAGGAUGCAAAAAUCAAUGCAAUGGAUCGGAACCUGCGGGACAUGGAGGAGGAGAUGCUGAUGCUGAAAUCCAAUGGACUUCUGAGCUGCGAGGAGCGUCAGGAGGAGAUGAAGCAGAUGGAAGUUUACCGCAGCCACACCAAGUUCAUGAAAAACAAGAUGGAGCAGGUGAAGCAGGACCUCUCCAGGAAGGACUCUGAGCUGCUUGGUUUGCAGACCAAGCUUGAGACGCUCACCAACCAGUUCUCAGAUAGCAAGCAGCACAUUGAAGUCCUCAAGGAGUCUCUCACUGCCAAGGAGCAGCGGGCUGCCAUUUUACAGACAGAGGUGGAUGCCUUGCGUCUGCGCCUGGAAGAAAAAGAGACAACUCUGAAUAAGAAGAGCAAGCAGAUACAAGAAAUGUCUGAAGAGAAGGGCACACUCAACGGAGAAAUCCAUGACCUCAAAGACAUGCUGGAGGUUAAGGAGCGCAAAGUGAAUGUGCUGCAGAAGAAGAUUGAGAACCUGCAGGAGCAGCUGAGGGACAAGGAGAAGCAGAUGAGCAGCCUGAAGGAGAGAGUUAAGUCUUUGCAAGCAGACACUUCCAACACUGACACUGCUCUCACCACGCUGGAGGAGUCUCUCGCAGAAAAGGAACGCAUCAUUGAGCGUCUAAAGGAGCAGCGAGACAGAGACAAUGGGGAGAAGACAGAGGAGAUUGACUCUAACAAGAAGGAACUGAAAGAGUUGAAGGAGCGACUGAGUUUACUGCAGGGAGACCUGUCAGACAGAGAGACUUCACUGUUGGACCUGAAGGAGCAUGCAUCAUCCCUGGCCUCCUCUGGGCUGAAGAAGGAUUCCAAACUCAAGAGCCUGGAGAUCACAAUGGAGCAGAAGAGGGAGGAGUGCCUCAAACUGGAGAACCAUCUCAAGAGAGCUAAAAACGCAGCCCUGGAGGCUGAGGCUAACACCGAGGUCGCUGAGCGCAUUAAGAACCUGGAGCAGGAAGUGGCUCGCCACAAAGAGGAUUCUGGGAAGGCACAGGCUGAGGUGGACCGCUUGCUGGAGAUCCUCCGGGAAAUGGAGAAUGAGAAGAAUGACAAAGAUAAAAAGAUCAAUGAGCUGGAGAGUUUGGCCUCCAGGCAGAAGCAGGACCAGACGAAGAAGGUGGCCUCUCUGAAGCACAAGGAGCAGGUGGAGAAAAGCAGGAACGCUCGACUCAUGGAUGAGGCUCGAAAAAGGGAGGACAACCUGUCCGAGAACUCCCAGCAUGUGAAGGACACUCUGCGUCAGAAGUCGGAUCGUAUAGAGGAGCUGGAGGAGGCCCUGAGAGAGAGCGUCCAGAUUACUGCUGAGCGAGAGAUGGUGCUUGCUCAGGAGGAGUCUGCCAGGUCGCUGCAGGAGAGACAGAUGGAGGAGCUGCUGGGGGCCAUGGAGAAGGUGAAACAGGAGCUGGAGUCCAUGAGAGCCAAACUGUCCUCCACCCAGCAGUCUCUGUGUGAGAAAGAGUCACACCUCACAACCCUGCGAGCCGAGCGCCGGAAACACCUGGAGGAGGUGCUCGAGAUGAAGCAGGAGGCACUGUUGGCUGCUAUCAGCGAAAAGGACGCCAACAUCGCUCUCCUGGAGUUAUCCUCAUCUAAGAAGAAGAAGACGCAGGACGAGGUGGCCCUGCUGAAGCGGGAGAAGGACAGACUGGUGCAACAGCUCAAACAGCAGACUCAGAACCGGAUGAAGCUGAUGGCAGACAACUAUGAAGAUGACCAUCUGAAGACGGUCCCUGACCACACAAACCACAAGCCCUCUCCAGAUCAGAUGAUACCCCCUCUUCUAGCCCUGUCCCAGAACCGCAGUAAGCUCAAGCUCUACAUCGCCCACCUGACAGACCUCUGCCACGACCGGGACCCCAGCAUCCUCAGCCAGCUCACGCCACCCUCUCACUACCACCACGGCGACCCCGAAGACUGGGAGGAGGAGCUCCAGAAGAUGAGUGUCCAACAGUUGGAGCACGAGCUGGAGGUGUGUGAGAAGGAGAGCGGGGACCUGCAGGAGUACGCCAACUCUGUCCUCCAGCAGAUCGCGGACUACUGCCCUGACAUCCUGGAGCAGGUUGUCAAUGCUCUGGAGGAGUCGUGCUGACAACUCUGACCUCGGACCCAUCCCGGCUGACUCGUGGUCUUUGUAAAGCCUGUAGCUGAGCCCAGGUGCCCCUACCUCCACACAAUGAGGCUCCUGGUAGAAAGAAAGGAAGAGGUGGGGGGCAUUAUCUCAAACCCACUGAGCUCUAACUCUUUGUUCCCUUUGUCCACCCUGGAACAAACUCCCAUGACCCCUGAGUGCUUCCCUGUCUCAUGUGUCUGUACUGUCAGGCCUGCAAAAAUCAAAUUAGGGACGUUCACAGUCUUAUCAAAUGGUGGAUAAAUGUGCCGCUUUGAGCAAAUAUCAUGUCACCCACUCGUAUUACCCAUUGCAAUCUGAGGUCUGAUCAAUUAAUGAUGACCAUGGCAGAUGGUGGGCUCAUAGUGGGACAACUAACCUAGACAGCCGAACAUAUGUCAGACGGGCAACAGCGUCAUUCCAGAAGUUAAGCACAUCCCGUUUUUCCACUUGUGAACACGCCAUGUUUGAUUUUUGCCAGUAGGAUACUUGCAAAAAUAUCAUUGCACACCUGUGAGUCUGGGACAGGUGCGUUGGGAGAGAGAGGAUUUCAGAUGAAAGGAGCAAACUUUCUGCACAAAGUCUUGGAGCACACUGCCGACCUUCCUCUCCCCCGACGGCGCCAUUCACUGCAGGAACCGCCAGAUCAAGCACAGUUACCUCACCCACUUCUGUCUCAGUCUUUUACUGCUUGGAUUCCUUUCACAAACCUUUAAAAGGGGAUGGAAUUUAUUCCUCAUAUGGGGCAGGGAAGCACAUUAUGUCCUGGGAGAUCUGGGGAGCUGCUACAUCUAGAGGGGAUCAGAGAGGAGCCGAGCUCAGUGUGGAAAUCACGGAGCCUUGUAGAUGCUUGCUUUGUAUUUCGGUCUGUGUUCCCCGAGUAUCAGGUUGGAACCCAGUCACUAGUUUAAGAAACAGCUGCUGGAGGCUGAUCAUCACUUUUUUUUUUUAACCAAAUAAACGCAGCUGUUGUCCAAAUGUUUCUUCAGCUCAGAGCUGUGGAUCUGUCCAUGCAGUCAGGACGAGGUCGCAGGUACAUUUGACUGUGUCGAAGAUGGCCUGACACACAUCACAGAUCGGAACCGAGUUACACUUCAGUUUUCAAUGGACGAGAGAGAGAGAGAGAGAGAGAGAGGGGGGGGG